AUGCAUCUGCUCUUGCAAGAAUUCAAGAGUGUAAGUGCAUAUAAUUCAACACGUUUUCAAAUUGUCUCUCGUUUAAAACUAUGCGGCGAAACAGUUACUGAAGUUGAUCUUUUGGAGAAGACUUACUCUACAUUUCAUGCUUCAAACAUUUUGCUUCAACAACAAUAUCGUGAAAGGCAGUUUAAGAAAUAUUCCGAGCUUAUCUCUUGCUUUCUAGUAGCUGGGCAGAAUAAUGAGUUAUUACUCAAGAACCAUCAAAGUCACCCAGCAGGUUCAAUAGUUGCUCCAGAGAUGAAUGCUACAAAAAGUCGUGGCAAUGCUACUGAAAAUCGUGGAAAAGGACACGAACGUUGGUUAGGUCCUAAAAAGCCCAACAACAAGAAGAAGGCUGGUAAUAAUUCUCAUUAUCAGAAGGGAAAGAAGAACGUGUUUCCAAAACACAAAGGCAAAAGAUCGCAAAGCCACUCAAAGCACCAUGAAUCUGUUUGCCACCGCUGUGGUUCACCAGGUCACUGGGAAAAUGUUUGUCGUACUGCAAAGCACCUUGUUGAUCUUUGUCAGUCGUCUAUUAAAGGAAAAGAGAAGGCUGAAACCAAUUUUUCCCAAUAUGACAUAGGAAUGGAUAUUGCCCAUCUUGAUAUUUCUGACUUCAAGAAUAAUGGAAAUGAGAUUGAAGACAUGGAUUCCUUCCUCAAGGAUAUAUGA